ACAACACACCCUAGCUCUGCAUUUCAACGGCAAGGCGCGCACGCUCCCCCAAAUCGUCCUUACAGUCCUGCACGCGAUCUCUUUAGCGGUAACCUGCGCCCACACAUCCUUCGAUCCCACUCCGGUCCCUUGCAUACCGUCACAAUUCUUUCGCUCGGUCUGGCUGCGGAACGCUUUGCUGAGUCGAGAAAUACCGUGCACGGCUACUUUAAACGUGGAAACUAUCAGGAAAAGUGGAAACUACCGGGAAAUGUGGAAAAAUUCUGUUUGCACCAGUGCGUUUCGCGAGAACUUUUCGACAAAACAUGCGUUUAUUCUAUCGAUCAUCACUGUAGGGAGCGUUUUUCCGUUUACUGUCACGCUGAAGCUGAGUUCAAUUUUGUAGCGCGCUUGAGAGUGUGUACCGGAUUUUCGGCCCAGCUUUGUGAUUUUAGUAUUCGCUAGCAAAAAUGAGAAAUUCUUAAUUUUUUCGUGCGCGAUAAUAACAAAUUUAAGUCGUGUGCAAGUUCCGCCGUCGUUCUGAAGAAGAAGGAGCCUUCAAUGGCCAACACCACAGCGCGACUUCUUUCAUGUCCUUGAAGGUAGUAGUUUGAUGCACAAUUCGCGUGCAAAAUUGCACAAUUUUUCCGAAAAUCACGGACGCGGACACAAACAAGGCAAGAGCAUGACGAAUGAAACCGAUGAUCUCUCGAUCACCAGCUGUGAACGCUGCCCGCGGCUAGUGGCUUUUGGCAACAUCCUGCUGGACAUAAGCGUCGACCUGAAAGAUGGCAAAAUACUCGAGCAAUUCGAUCUGAAACCGGAUGAUCAGAGAGAAAUUCCGGCGGAUAAGCUGGCCGCCCUUGUCUCCGUUGCCGUAGAAACCUGCGGCAAUCCUAUCUACAAUCCCGGAGGAUCGGCCCUCAACACAUGCAGGAUCCUGCGGGCUCUAGGGGAGAAAAAUAUAAUCUUCUGUGGAGCUGUUGGUAUCGAUGAUAACGGGCAAAUAUUGCAGCAGAUUCUAAAAGACUGCUCAUUAAACACCUGCAUUCAAACGUUACCGGAUCAAAUGACUGGGACGUGUAUGUGCCUAAUCAGUGGCGAUAAACGAAGUCUCAAUGCAAACAUAGGAGCAUCGUUGCAUUUCAAGAAGGAAUUUGUCAGCUCGCGGUGGUGUCAAUCGAAAAUUGGAAUCUGCAAAUCGGCGGCACACACCAACAUCGAUGAAGAUGUCCGGAUUUUCUACAUUGAAGGUUACUUCGUACCGGAAAAGUUCCACAUUUGUACCUUCAUCUACGAGCAGUACUGCAAGGGCACGGCCAACCUGUUCGUGACUAAUUUAAAUGCAUCGUACAUUCUGCAACAAUUUACUGCCGAAAUGCGUUAUCUGGUGGAGCAUGCCGAUCUGGUAUUCGGCAACCUGGCCGAGUUCGUGGCACUGGCACAAAUUUAUCAAUGCGGCGAUGUUGAUGAGCUGGCACAAUUGCUUAUCAAGCAGUACCGUAAACAUAAGCGCAGCAAAAUUCUGGUCGCUACGGACGGUUGCCGCAGCGUGCGGCUUUAUCAUGGCGCAGGAUCAAAGUUCACAGCGAUGAACUUUCCCGUUCCCGUAUUACCGACCAAUGUCGUCGUUGAUACUACCGGUGCCGGUGAUUCGUUCGUAGCCGGAUUUUUGUACAAAUUCAUGAACGACGAUAGCCCCACACUAGCAGACUGUAUUCGAUACGGGUGUAAAAUUGCUGGGAAAGUGAUCCGCCAAGUUGGAUGCAAUUUACCAUCUAAUGUCCCCUCAUCACCGGUAGGUUCACCAUCGGGCGCUGUAGCAACGAUUCCUUAGGUAGGAGGUUAAUACUACGGCAUGAACUCUCCAGGUUCUGCUGCCGGUAUCUCCUUUCGCUUAAUUACUGUUACUUACAGAGCGCUUGCCAGCAUAUGCUGGUUCAUUAGCAGGUUUAAGGGAAGUUGUUACAGUGGUUUGUAAGUCUGCUAUAUUUAUUAAGAGAAAGAUUUGUUCAUCACGAUAAUUAUUUUUUGAAACAGGCGACGAAAGAAGUUUCACUUCAACACCAAGUGUGAUUAAUGUCCAUCGAAUGAUCUGUUACGUUUUCUAGUAGAAUAAAUGCAUUUUUAG